AUGCCAACGGUCAGUGCUCGACGAGCAUCGAUAAUUAUUUCAACAGAAGACUCGGCUAACACGUAUUCAAAUGAUGCAUCUAGCAUACGGUCUUCAACAAAAGAUGACAAUAUAUCUUUGACAUCAAUGGAUAAUAUUAAUAGUAAAAAUGGAAGAUCGAAUGGAAGAAAUUAUCGACAAGAAAAUCCUACAGCAGCAGCAGCAGCAGCAGCAGCAGCAACGGCAUCAUCAUCAUCGACAACGGAUUCUGACAUGGAAAGUGAACAAGAUGAUCCAGUUAAAGAAGAGGAAAAAAACAAACAUAAGAAAAACCGGGGACGUUUAUCAAGACGAGAAAAAUAUUUUCGUAAAAUGUUUGCAUCUGAAAUACCUGAUCCUAUGCCAAAAUUAAUUGAUUAUUAUCUUUGUGCAUAUCAAGGUGAUAUAUUAUUGCAAGGUAAAAUGUUUAUAACAGAUCGGUAUCUUUGCUUUUAUUCGAAAAUCAUUAAUUAUGUAACAAAACAUGUUUAUCGUUGGGACAAUAUUGAACGUAUUACAAAAGAACGUGUUGCCUAUAUAUUUCCAACAGCUAUUCGACUAAAAUUAAAAGACUCUGGCAAAAGAGUUAUUUAUGCUUCAUUUCUUUCACGGGAUCUGGCCUAUGAUAAAAUCACAUCGAUAUGGCCACAUUCUUCAAAUAAUAAUAAUUUAGCAGCUGAUGAUGAAAAUAGAAGUUCUAGAAAGAAAACAUUGAAACGUAAUUCAUGUGAAUCCGUUCAAAUAUCUGAACCAGAUGAAGUUUUAGAGCAUUGUUUAAACGAUCCAAAUAGUAAUCGACGACGAGGUGGUUCGGUUUCACCACGACGAAGUGAUGAAGAAAAAACACUAGUACCAUUAAUAAAUUCAUCUGUCGAAAGACCACGCACGAAAUAUUUGACUAUCAAUCCAAAAACAUCGAAUCAAGCGAAUGGUAAUAAUAAUAAAAAUACUCGACCUCUACGUUGUAUCAAAAACGAACGAGAUGAAGAUAAUACAACAACAAAAAGAAGUCGUACGGUAAAUAAUCGAUUGCAAGAUAAUUCGUCAUCAUUACAACCAAGUCAAACUAUUGAUCAAGCAUUAUCUGUACCAGAGCAACCAAUAUCUCAUUCAAAAGCAUUGCCAUCCGUAGUAGUAUCAAACACAAGUCCGUCGAUAAGACAUAUAAAUGAUAAAGGAAUUUCAACAAAAGCUUUUAAUGUAGCCAUUUCUUUUAUUAAUCUGAUUAUUCAAACUUUAUCAUCAUUGUUCCAUCGUUUUCAUAUAUAUCCAACGAAAGCAACGACUUUUAUUUUCAUAUGUAUGGUACUUGUAUUCAUGCAUUCAUUCUAUUUAAUCGCCUUAGCUUACCGGCUAGAAAAUCGUCUACAAACAUUACAUAAUCGGUGGCCAUCAUCCUUAAUGAAAAAUUCAUUUUCAUCAAAUUCAAAACAAUUAUAG